UAUUUCUAACUUCGUAUAGAUCAGCCCGUGGUCCACGCAUCCGGAUCUUAGCAACAAAAACAGGUUUGCUUAUUUCUUCCGCACUGUGCCGAACGACGCCAUACAGGCCGAAGCAAUGGUCGAUCUUGUAGCAGAAAGAAAGUGGAAUUACAUGUCUGUAGUAUAUGAGGACGACUUGUACGGUAUACGAGGAAAUCGAGAGGUUGACAUCGCUGCGAAGAAACGAGGUAUUUGUAUCGCAGUAUCAAGAGCAUUACCUCGAAACCCAACUACGGGAGAUUACAAGAAAAUAGUUAACGAUCUUAUUAACGUAAACAAGGCUAAAGCUGUAAUCUUGUUCACGAAACUCAACGAUGCAGAAGGCAUUAUAAAAGCUGCAGACGAAAACCCGCAGUCACGUGGUCGGUUCUUAUUUAUUGGUUCAGAUGGCUGGGCGGGACAAGUCCCAAGUCAGAGGUUCAAAUUUACUUAUAUAGCAUCAUUAAACCAAUCACUGACUUUUCAACCAAAACGAAACAUAAUUACGAAUCUACGUCCGUAUAUGACGAACCUAACACUUGCAAAUCAUCUUAACGCGAACAAAACUCCCAGUACACGGAAUCCAUGGUUCGCAGAGUAUCUAGCUUCUAAACUGAAGUGUCAGCUUCCAGGUUCGAUAGUCAACUCAACAGUUCGAAUGUGCACGGUCAACGACAAGUUAGACCCGGCAACGUACACCACACUAGCUAAAAUGCAGAGUGUUGCAGACGCUGUAUUAGCAUUAGCGCAUUCGCUCGAUAACUAUCUUCGUGAUGCGUGUAAAGGCUUACCAGGGUUGUGUGCAAGCGUGAGGAAAAAUGGAACUAAAUUACCUCAAAACGUUUACCCUUAUAUAAAGAAUGUCACACUUAAUGGCAUAAAUAACAACACAUUUCGCUUUGAUGCAAACCAGGACGGUGCAGCAAUCUACGAUAUUGCGUCAUUUUUGGGAGAACAAAAAUGGAAGAACGUUGGAAUAUAUCAAAACAAAAGAAUUUCGUGGUAUGGGAGAUAUAACGAUACGAUUGACGUCACUUCCGUGUGCAGCCAACCGUGCAAGAUCGGGGAAGCGAGAAAAAUUGAAUCUUCGGUUUGUUGUUGGCAAUGUCAGGCUUGCUUUCCUGGUCAAUACGUGAGUUCUAAUGGAACAGAAUGUAUGAGUUGUCCUAUUGGGCAAAAACCGAGCGCUAACAAAGAUGCAUGCGUUCCAUUGGCUAUACGUGUGCUACAAUAUGACACACCGUAUGCAAUCGCAUCUUUAAUCGUAGCGGGGUUGGGUAUCCUGAUGACGAUAAUGGUUGCUACCGUUUAUUACACACGACGGGAUACACCGAUCGUAAAAGCAUCGGGCAAAGAGUUAUGUUCGUUUAUUCUCCUCGGAUCUCUCAUGUCGUUUGCAAAUGCUUUUGUUCUGUGCUACCCUCCCUCAGAUACAACUUGUAUAAUUGCAAGGUUAUUUUUAUGCUUUGGUCCUACCAUCAUUUACUCUGGCUUGCUAACGAAGACGAUACGAGUUGUGAUUAUAUUUCAAUCCAAGAAAGUUCUCCCGCCAGAGGUCAAAAUGUUCCUUCGACCUACAUACCAAAUCAUAACAAUGUUCGCAUUUACAUUGCUGCAAGUUCUGGCGGUGGGAGUUUGGUUUGGGGUGAGGCAAACCCCAGCAGAAGUAAUUUUUCCUUCGUCUUCAGUCGCGUUUAGAAGUUGUAAGGAUUUAGAAGAUGUUUCUGUUUUAGCUGGGCUCGUGGUCCCAGCACUACUUAUGCUUGCGUGUACUGUGUUGGCAACAGUUAAUAGGAAUGUACCGACCGGGUUUAAUGAGACUCAAUAUAUUGGUUUUACAAUGUACGCUUCCUGUGUAAUAUGGCUUGCAUUUUUACCAAUAUAUAUCACCAACACUUACAACUUUGGAAUCAAGAUCGCUUCACUUUCCAUCUGCCUCAGUCUCAGUGCAAUCACCGUUCUAGUUUGCUUGUUCGGUUUCCGAUGUUACGUCAUUUUAUUUCAACCCGAACUAAAUACACCCAAGACUGUAAUGUCUUCAACAGCAAGGCCAUCAAGCAUACAACAGUUGCCUUCUAACACCGAUGCGAACAAAACUCCUAACAACCUGACAACGGCGAACCAUCAGCCACAAAGUCAAAACUCUGUCUAUAACCGAGCCCCUCCCAGCACCUCGUCUUUCCAGAUGACACCAAUUGAAAACGCCAAGUUGUAAACAAGGUCUAUACGUACCACCCCAUGUACUUCUAUGCCGAUGAGAUUAUAAGACAACGCUCGUGAACGAAUGAACGUCACUUGAUAUUGAAAUUAAACAUAUAUAUCACUGUAAUAGAGGGAGAAUUUCAUACGAGUUAGACCGUAUAGGGAUUGGCUGACAAUUUAAACAACCUAUUAGUGACCAUUGGAUUGAAUUAAUUAACUCGUGUCUUGCGCAAAUACAUAUAUGCUGCCCAGAAUAGCAGCAUCGAGCCUUGAAUUGAAACUGUUGGCUAGAGGCAUACCAGUAACUAUUGUGCCACGGUACCGAAAUGAACCAACUUUGGUCCAAAUUCCAGGUUCCAUGGCAUGUCUAUAGCGUUAGGAUCACGUAUGUAAAAAUAAUUUUACUAUUAUUGAAUGUUAAACUUUAACAAACGGUGUCAAAGGUAAAGUUUUGUAUAAAGAGGCCUGUGUACAUGAUUAUUUUUGCUUUUAUUUUUUUCAUAUUUUAGUCUUCUCGUUGGAAUAUAUUCAAAGUAUGGUGGGGGAAGAUGGGACACAUUUUCACUAUGUUUUCUUUUUCCCUUUUGGUAGAAAACAAAACGCGAUCAGGAUAUCUGGAUAUUUUGUGCUAAAGAUGUCCCAUCUCUCCCCACAGUAUCAUAUAUGGAACAAAUAAGCUCUUUUUUUAAUAUUGUGACGCAAUGAGUAAAAUUAUCGUCGAACAAUG